CCUAGUAUUUCGCCUACUUUGGACUACGCCGCCUUGUUAGACCUGGCAACACUGAUUUAUUCUUGCCCGGGCGUGCUUCUGUAGUUUGGUUGGUUGUUUAUUCUAUGGUAUGGUUGCAUGUGGUCGUAGCACAGAACAAGAUAUCGAGUACACGAGCUUUCAGAUUUUGCUUAGGUGGUGCCCUAGGGCCGUGCUAUCAAGUCGCAAGGAGCAUCCCUGCGCCGUUGUCAAUGAACAUGGGGGAGAGUCUUCUUUACUACACCCUGUUGGUACCGCUUACGCUUCCAGUGGCGAUGUUCUUCAUGUUCUGGGCAUGGAUGGGCUUUCAGGCUGUGAUCAAUAACUGAAGCCAGCAUGGAUCCUGGUGGAGAAGGUGACAGGCCGACUGCUGCCAGCAGUGGACACGAAGCACUGUUGGCUGGUGUGCAGGGCUGCGAUGCUGAAGCAGCAGGUCUGGGAACAAGUGCUCUAGCCGAGGGGUUGUUGUGGGCAGCUGAUGUGGAAAUGGUGUCAGACCAGGCACCUGAGCUCCAUGGCCUUGGCAUAUCUGUGUAUAACCAGGCUGAUCUGGAACAAGGUGUUCUGCAGGAGAUGGAUCGCAUCGCCCAGCGAAAGGAGGCCGAAGAGCGUCGAAGGGCCACUGAGAAGAAGCUGCUGGCUGUACGUAAGGACAUCACUGCUUCCAGGCAACGGCUUGAGCGCCUGGAGAAGAGUGUGAGCCUGCAUCAGCUGGCCUCCAGCCACCAUGUCUCGCCAGCCAUCUUCACCAUGUGCAAGGAUAGGGAUGACAAGAUGGAGGAGCUGAGGAAGCUGGAAGCUGAGGAGAAGAGGCUGCUAGAUCUUAAAGAGGGGGAGCUUGGCAACAAUGCGAAGCUUUGUUUCGAAGGGGCACUUGGCCGAGAGGAGACUGAAGAGGAAAUGCUGAUUCGUACCGGUGAGAUGACCCCAUUUGGCACAGCUGCUGCUCUGCACACUGUGCUGCCCUCAACCAGUGCGGGUGCAAAGUUGGUGCGCCAGGUGGCACCGCCGCGGAAAAGGAAGAAGAAAGAGAAGCUGGGUACAGUGGUGCGCAGGGGAAUUCCUCGUGCACGGACAUCGUGCAACAGCUUGCUGGAUGAGGAAUUCCUUCUGGAUCCUGAAGUGAGCGACUCUGAGGAUGCUGGGCAGUCUGACGAUGAUGAUGAGUAUCGACCCGAAGAAGAAUACCUGGCCAGCGAUGACGAUGAUGAUGAUUCUUGCAAACCCUUGCCUGUCGUAAAAGAGAAGAAGGGGCGACAAGCCAAGAGGGUGACCAGCAGACGGGCCGAAGAAUCACCUAAGAAGCGUCUCAAGAAGCUCGCAGACGAUGGGAAUUAUGCGACCUACCUCAAGAGGCUCAAGAAACACCGUCAGCAGAAGCUUGUGGAGAAGCAUAGAAGAAUCAUGGAGGAUGAAGAAAAUGACUCCACUUCUGGGAGCACCGUUGAGGUGGAUGACGAAUUCCGUGUGCCCAAGGUGAUCUGGAACAAAUUGUACAGGUACCAGCAGACCGGUGUGCGCUGGCUGUGGGAGCUGCACAGGCAGGGCUGUGGGGGCAUUGUGGGUGACGAGAUGGGCCUGGGCAAGACCGUCCAGACAAUUGCCUUCCUGGCGGGCCUGAGGCACAGCCAUCUGCGCACCCCUGGCGACAGCUUCACGGGUCUGGGCCCUGUCCUGCUGGUGUGCCCGACCACUGUGAUGCAUCAGUGGGUACGCGAGUUCCACUGCUGGUGCCCCCCACUGCGUGUUGCCAUUCUGCACGAGUCGGGGUCCUUUGCUGGAACCAAGGAGUCCCUGGUUAAGCAGAUCACCAAGGAGAAUGGGGUGCUGGUCACCUCGUAUGCUGGUGUCUCCAAGCUGUCCAGGUUACUGCUCAAGCAUGACUGGCACUAUGUGGUGCUCGAUGAGGGCCACAAAAUCCGCAACCCAGAUGCCCAGACCACACUGGCCUGCAAGCAGUUUCGCACCCCUCAUCGGCUGAUCCUGUCAGGCUCACCGAUCCAGAACAGCCUGCGGGAGCUGUGGUCCCUGCUGGACUUUGUCUUUCCAGGCAAGCUGGGCACCCUGCCGGUCUUCAUGCAAGAGUUUGCUGUCCCCAUCACACAGGGUGGCUACUCAAAUGCCUCGGACGUCCAGGUGCAGACUGCGUACCGGUGUGCCAGUGCCCUGCGAGACACCAUCAAGCCGUACUUACUGCGCCGGAUGAAGGAGGACGUGCGUACUAACCUGCAGCUGCCCGACAAGAAUGAGCAGGUGCUGUUCUGCCGCUUCACGGACCAUCAACGGGCGCUUUACCAGCAGUACCUUGAUUCAGCCGACGUUGCCAGCAUCCUGGUUGGAAGGCUUCAGGUGUUUGUGGGCCUGAUAAAUUUGCGCAAGAUCUGCAACCACCCAGACCUCUACGAUGGGGGGCCGAAGGUGUUCCGUGACACGGAUGUGGCCACACUGCCCCCUGAGAUGCGUUAUGGUUUCCCUGGCCGCUCAGGAAAGAUGACUGUUGUGGAGUCCCUGCUGCGGCUCUGGAAGAAACAAGACCACCGUGUGCUGCUCUUCACACAAAGCCGCCAGAUGCUGGUGAUUCUGGAGCGCUUUGUCCAGGAGCAAGGCUACACGUACAUGGUGAUGACUGGCGCCACGCCCAUUGCUUCCCGGCAGCCAGCCAUUGCCAAGUUCAAUGCAGACCCGUCAGUGUUUGUGUUCCUGCUGACAACGCGGGUGGGUGGCCUUGGUGUGAACCUGACGGGUGCUGACCGAGUGGUCAUCUAUGACCCAGACUGGAACCCGAGCACAGACACACAGGCCCGAGAGCGUGCUUGGCGCAUUGGCCAGCGCCGGGAUGUCACCAUCUACCGCCUGCUCACGGCUGGCACCAUUGAAGAGAAAAUAUACCACAGGCAAAUCUUCAAGCAGUUCCUGACAAACCGUGUGCUGAAGGACCCAAAGCAGCGACGCUUUUUCAAGACCAAUGACCUGCAUGAGCUUUUCACACUUGCUGACGACGGCAAAAAGAAGCGUACUGAGACGAGUGCUAUCUUUGCUGGCACUGGCUCAGACAUCCGGCUCAAGAGGAAAAAGAGAAUGUUGGACUCCUCGAGGAAGGAAGGAUGUGAAAGCAUGCUCAGCUUGCAUCCCAGCAGUAGUAGAAGCGAGCGGCCUGCAGCACCAGUGGCUGUUGACACCAUGAAGAAAGCACACACUGCUGGUGAAGUUGGCAUGAAAGCAGAUUGUUGUGCGAGCAGCAGCCCAUCUGGAGGUUUGCCAUGUGCUUCGGACUCUCAAGGUUAUGCUCAGCUUCUGAGCGAAAAGAAAAUUCGGCAGAUGCGCGAGCUGGCAAGACGACUGAGCCAGAGAAUUGGCCAGGGGCCGGCCAAGAAAUCACGUGACAAACAACGCAGCAAUAGCAUCGUGGAAGGUGAGAGCAUCAACUACGUAGUCAAGAAAGCAACAUACAAGCCAGAAGUCCACCCAGAGCAGAGCCAGAAGCAUGACGAUUACGUGCUACAAAAGCUUUUCAAGAAGUCUGGCGUGCACUCGGCCAUGCGGCACGAUGUGAUCAUGGACUCUGCAGCCCCCGACUACGCCCUGGUGGAGGGUGAAGCGGAGCGGGUUGCGCAACAGGCUAUCCGGCGGCUACAAGAGUCCCGCAGACGCUGCCUGUCGGCUAUGUCGGGAGUGCCCACCUGGACAGGGCUGCACGGCAUGUCAGGGGCUCCACCCAGGCCUCGUUUUGGCCAGAAGCAAGCAACAGGUCAGGCAGCACCAGCCACAUCAUCUCAAUCAAAGCCACCCAUGAAAAAGCCAAGCUCACUUAUGUUCAAGGAAGCCAACGUCUUCACUCAAGAGGAGGCAUCAUCAACUCCUGCAUCUUCGAGCGAGCUGCUUGCUUGCAUCCGAGCUAGAAAGCCUGCGGAGUCUUUUGAACCCUUUCUGGAGACAGGGGAUGGUGAAUUUGAUGAGCUCCUCUCAGAUCUGCAGACCUUCGUGGCCUUUGGUGCAAGUGUGGAUGGGCAGGCAAGCACCAGUGAAGUGCUGGCUGCCUUCAAGGACAAAGUGCAUGGCAGGGCACCUGUGUUUAAGGCCCUGCUCAGCAAAAUCUGCGAGUUCCACAGGCAGCAAGACGGCGAGUUAGUCUGGAAGCUCCGACCUGAGUUCCGAUAGUGUCCUCGCAAAUGCCUUCGUUCCAAUGUGUGCAGAACAGAGCAGUAACAUGCAUUCUGCUGUUAAGGCUGUUUAUUCAAGCCAAUAUUGUUAUGUAGAAUACUAAAGUGCAGGUUAGGAUUUGAGUAAAUUAAACUGAAUUAGUAAGCCGUACUGCUGCCUUAGCAUAGUGGCAACAUUUUAUUGCAUAUUUUCUUAUUUAAUAAAAGACUGAAGCAUGUGCCAGUCAAAACAGGGUGGAUGUAGAAAAGCCUUGACACACACUUCAAGGAUUUCAUUCGCAAAGUGGUCAGUUGGAUGCAGCAAAAAACACCAAUAAUUCAUUGUUUGUGGGAGAAAUUAAAACCAAACACCUCUGUGUGCAUAAUAUAUGGUCAAAAAUCACAAUUGGUCGUUGUGUGUAUGCUAUGUGUAGGUACUGAAGGCUGAAUUUAUUUUUAAUUAAACAUGUAGGUUUUCUCUGCACAAUACAAGCAACCAUUUGUUGCCAUAAUGUCAGACGUGAAUUGGACAGAAAAAAUAAUACCCUCGAUUUUCCUUAUCUUGACACGGUAUAGGGAUUUCUAUGAUACCUACGAGAAUGUACUUAUGUUGCUCAAAAUCUUCUUGAAACAGAUUUUGUGCUUACUGCUGAUUCUUGCGCAAAUUUCGCAGCAAGAUCUGAUUUGGAGUCUUGCGGUUGUUCAGUGUAACACUUGGUCUUGCUACUUGGAUAAUUUUGGGGGAAAAAGUACCAUGUUGCAUUUUACAUGCUGUUGCUAAGACGUUGCUAACAUAACCUUGUGUCACCACCUUCCGGGAGCUGCAGAAAUCAUUUGGUCAGAGAUGGUCGCUGCAUGCCGCCCCCAUAUUGCCCGCUUCUCUUGAACACGUAGUGACCUUAGGGGGAGUGUGCACACCCCCUUGUUUUUCUGAAGGCACCCCCUUAAGCGACUCAUUGCCCAUAGCUGGCUUGCGGUGGAAGUCGUAACGGUGUUUAUGUAGGGGACACAUUUGAUGUCCUUUUUGCUUAGUUUUGUCUGUUCGUAAAUACGACUUUGGUCCUUGUUUAAAGUUAAGUAAUUGCUCGCAAUCUCUGUUAUGAGUAUGACGCAGAUUGUCAGACUCAUGACAAUCUUUGAAGAUUGAGAAGCCCCCCCCCCCCCCCCCCCCCCCCUAGAAAUUUAAACACCCACCUUAAAUUCCAUUCUUGGGAAAACACCUGGUCAUAACUAAAACUUGUUUGGAAGCUAGGAAAUCUCCACUCUUUUGGCAAACUCAAGACUCAUGGAAAAAUCUGGAAAGAACAGGUUUUGUACAUUUUCUCAAUCUUUCCUAACAUUCUGAUGCACACAGUUGAUAAAGUACAGGUCACGUGCAUGUGAGCAUAGCCCAUCUGCAGUGCGCAUGUAUUAUUGUCACUAUUAAACUAUUGUGCUGAGUCAUACCUAACUCAUAUUUCCAAAUCGGGAGAUAUCCAAAGCAUGUAUCAUUGUCACUAUUAAACCAUUGUGCUGAGUCAUACCUAACUCAUAUUUCCAAAUCGGGAGAUAUCCAAUUGUGUAUUUAAACCUGAAUUGUAAUGAAAUAUGUAUAGAAAACAUUUGUACACCAAAAAUUCAUGAGCGAAUCAGCUCUCUCCAGUGUUCCAGUAUGGUGUAAUUGGAUAACGAUGCUGCGUCAUAACUCAUAUGUGUUUGAAAGUUACAAAACCUCCACUCUUUUUCCAAACGCAAGACCUUCAUGAAAUAUCUGAGAAAAAAAAAAGGUUUUGUACAUGUUUCUCAAUUUUUCCCACCAUACUCAAGCCACGGCCACUGGAUAAAAAGUAAAGAUGCGGCCUGCCGCGUCAGGUGGGCUCCAAUGGAAGCGAAUGUCCCAGCCGUAGUUUCAUUCUCGGCCGUUUGGUAGCGCCGAACUGCGCUAGCGGUCGGAGGUGGGACGCGUCGGUUGGUGGACCAGCCUUUGUGUAUAUAUUGUCACAACUAAAGGCUAGCAACAGAAGAAAACGAAUUGUAGGACACGAGCAGUGACCACUGUCCUUUUCAAAGAAGACGAAGUUGGCUCGUCAUCUCUUGCGGUCUCUGAACACAGAGCUGGUUUUUGUUUCUGUCAUCCUGGUCCUGCGUCCUGCUUUUUUACGCCCUGACAAUAUAUAUAUAGCCAGUUUCCUUCAUUCUGUGUUUGGUUUUUGUUAUGGCAAUAAAGUCAUUGCCGGUGCUGCCUCGUGAUACGACCCGUGCUACAUAACACUGGCAACAUGUGUGGUUCCCGUCCAGCGCCAAGCCAAAGUGAGUCACUUGACUGAAACCACCAUCAUGGGAGGCUAGGUUUGGUGCAUACUCGUUACAAUGACGACCGCCACAACAGAAGGGCUUCAGUCUGUCAACAUCGCCUACCCCAAAGAGUGGUAGGACUAUGCGCAAGGGUUUGAGUUCUUUCUGGAGGUGCGGGACAUUACGGAAGCUGGCAAGAACAGGUCAACAUUCCUCAGCCGCUGUGGUCCCGCCACGUUUCAGUUGGUGAAGGCACUCGUGGCACCAGCCCUGCUGAAAAAUACCCCAUUCGAAACAACCCUCGCCACACUGCGAGAUCACCUUUCGCCGAAACGAAUGGAGCUUGCCAAGCGAUACGAAUUCCACCACAGCGACCAAGCACCAAGUGAGUCUGCUGCCACCUACCUCGCUGCCCUUCGAACCAUGCCACAGCACUGCAACUUCAACGCCGUCGACACUGCGCUAUGGGAUCAUUUCGUGUUCGGACUGCAGAAGGACAUGGCGAUGCGGCAACUACUGGCAAAAAAAGAGGUAUGCCUAACCAGUGCUAUCGAGGAAGCAGUCGCCGCUGAGACCAUUGCCCGGGAAGCCAGCUUACCCUCUCCCGAAAGCACAAACACGGUGCCAUUCGAGCCAUUGCUCCUAGGGUUGACGACAGUUGAUGACGGGCUAAAGACAUUCUUCGGUUACGUGUGGGCCCCGGUCAGCGAAGGGACACCAAGAGACUGGUGAGCGGCUUCUGCACCAGCUGUGGGGGCCCACACGAAUGCCUCUUGGGUCGGUUCCGUGACGAGCAGUGCCGGGCAUGUGGAAAAACUGGGCACAUUGCUAAGGUCUAGCGGUCCUAGAGGAAGCCUGACCCAGGUCGAAAUUCCGAAGGCUGGGCGCACCGUUUCAAGACAACUCCUCGCACAAACAUCUCGUACUGCGAGUCCAGGGUGUCUACCAACCGGGAAUUCUCAGGGAAUUUGAACAGUCUGGAAAAACUCAGGGAAAACUCAGGGAAUUUGUGCUUCUAUCAGGGAAAAUUAGCUGUAACUUUAUAGAAAGGGAACGAAAGUCGUGUUAAUGCUGGCUCCAGUAACAAAGGAAUCGCAACGAAUCGUCAUUGACGCCGUGUCAUCGGCACGAUGUAGUGCCAGAGUAGUUUACGACCGAUUUUCUAACGCCCGACUUUUCGGACAUGCCCGAUAAUUUGCACGGUUUUGCGGCACCACCACGUACUCCAUAUAGUCAAUGUACAUUGCCCUGACUGCAGGUCUGAAAUGGCAUUAAUCAAAGCCGCCACCGCCGCUAUUUUGAUUAUCUCGCCGCCUCGAACCGGCACUCUCGCAGGCAGAUCCGCUGGCAGCCGUAACCACCACCGCGGCAACGUUAGGCCUAGCUGCUUCUAUGUUCGCUAUUAAGCUUCUUGCCGUGCGGUGCCGUGUUUUUCAUUGAAAGAAUUCGCCGCUAUCACCAAUGGCACCGACUCCGCCUUUGUAAUCCUCGCGAUUGGCUUUGAAGCUCGCAGAGCACAGCGUGUUGCGUAAUGCCAGUCUCCGAAAGUUAGCUUCGCCUCAGUACAUUAGUGUUAGGCGGUGAAGCAUAACAAGCGUGGGAAGGGGGCAAUUGUCACGGGACACUGUAUGUAUUCCUUAAUUACACUUGCGUGCACACCGUCUCCUGUCACAGUAAAAGCCCUGAUAUGCCUAACAAGCGUACUGGCAGGCCUUCAGAGCUUUUUCAGACGUGCCUGUGGUAAUUUUAGCCCCUAAAGGCAGUUAAAGACAUGCAUUAAUUUUUUUUCACACUGCCCGUUUUUUUUUCAAUUUUUUUUGCGGCCCCUCGGAAGUCUGAAAAAUCAAAUGUUGACUGUACAACUGAACAAGAGGGUGCUUCAGAUGAUCCAUGUGGUGAGAGCACGGUAGAAUGAGGAUGAGAACAGAAAGGACCGACGCACUGAGGAAUUAACGGGAAAGGAAGGCUGCGGCCGCCUUUUUGAAGGAGCUUGAGCUAAAGUAAGUGUUGGCUGACGCUGAGACACAGGUGUCCCUCAUCCAAACCAAAAUAAAUUGUUUAAGCAGUGAAACCCAACACUGAGAUGCUGUGUACGGGCUGAGAGUGUGUCAGGACAGUUGAGGUUGACUUCCCAGCUGCUGAGAGAGAACCUUAGUUGUGACAAACUUCAGGACCUCAUACAGAUGAGCUUGCUAUCAGUUGAUAGAAAUAGCUGAUAUUAAAAAAUAUUUACUUAUGUAUGCAUCUCCUUUUCAUUCGUAUUUGAAAAUGUUCGGCCACCUGCGUAGAAACCUACGUUAGUGCGAGGGGCCUCACCUGCUUGACGGAGAAGUCCAAGCUCCUAAGGGUGUGGCGAGGCAAACAAAAUCGAACGGUCCCUACAAGCGAUGAGCUCAGCCUCAACGUAUACCUCGCGGGACAACGCAUUCCGGAGAAGACCACCAUUCGGAUCCUGGGGAUGUGGCUUCAGUCCAAUCAACGGUGCAACCAUACUCUGACACUGCUGAAGACUGCCACCAUGCAGGUAGCCCGUAUGAUCAACAGAGUAUCUAGCAAGAGACACGGUAUGAAGGAGAGCGACACACUUAGGCUAGUCACGAGCCUCGUGGUUAGCAGAGUGGUGUAUAGCCUUCCCUACCACAAAUGCAUCAAGCAAGAAGAAGAACAAGCGGACGCCAUACUGCGAAAGGCGUACAAAACUGCGCUUCACCUGCCGCAGUGCACAUCGACCGAGAAACUGCUGGCCCUGGGACUGCACAAUACCUUCAGUGAACUAAGAGAAGCACUACUAUGCUCUCAAUCACGUAGGUUGAUGCAGACCCCCACCGGAAGGGUGCUCCUGCGAAGAUACGGCGGCGGCAACAUGAUCCAAGAGAUCGAGCGUACCGAGGCCAUUCCGGACAAGUAUCGCAGUACACUGCGAGUCGCACCGAUACCCAAGAAUAUGGACCGGAACCUGCACAAGGCGCGUAGAGAAGCAAGAGCAGAGUACGUGCAGAGAACCUUGGCGAACAAGGACAACACAAGGUAUACGGAUGCGGCAACGUUUGUCAAAGACGGAAGACACAACAGCAGAGCAGUGGCGUCGGUGGUUAAUUCGGACCUCAAGGAGAUCACCAGCGCAUGCCUACAGGACUGCACGGUAGUCGAGACCGAAGAGGCAGCUGUGGCUCCGGCAGCACUGGAGGGCUAUCGAUCUGGCAGGUCCCUAACAAUAAUAACAGACUCUUAAGCAGCAUACUCUGCACGCCACAUACUCUGCUCAUGCGACCCGGGAAACAAAGUUCAGCAUACCAUAAUCAGUACCAGGGCACACUGGCAUAACAGGGAACGAAGAGGCGGAUAGGAUAGCUCGAGGGCAUACCAACCAGGCGUCCGACACAUCCAGCCUUGAGGAACCCGAGUCAGUACCCAUGGGCUACUCAGAUAUCCUAAAUUAUUAUAAAGGGGUCAGACUGAAGUUCCCACCCCCGGAUAAGGAUCUAAGCAGAGAGGAUGCUGUUGCAUGGCGACAACUGCAGACGGGUACUUUCCCGAAUCUAAACAUUCUCAAUAAAAUUUUCCCUACACAAUAUGAGGCUAAGUGCCCAUGGUGCGGAGAGAAACCAGAUCUAUACCACAUAUCAUGGGCCUGUCCAAAUAUAGAGUCCCCAACUAUCUAUAAAAUUAAAAGCCCGAGUGCGGAACAGUGGGAGAGUAUGCUUUCCAGCGUAAGCUUGAACGGCCAAAAGCGCCUAGUAGAGCUCGCUCGCGAGCUGGCCAUACUCAGUGGAGCCUUGGACUAGGCCACCAACCCUGUGAUUGCAGACAGAAGAAUCUAUCAGAAGAUGGAAGAGGCCGUCUGAAGCCGCGAAAAUCUCUUUUCUAGAGCCUAAUAAAUGUUUUCCGAUCCGAUCCGACUGAAUUUGGAAUGGGCUUUACCAUUUCUUUCGCUGUGCAUUUUACUAACACCUUCCUUCUGUUUUCUUCUUAAAUAAAAUAGAUAUUACUCCUUACUA